AUGGUGGUCAUCUUUGAUGAGGUGGUAAAGCGUUCACUGAGACAGUUCGGGAAAAGAGAUCUAAAACCAGUUCCCGCUCUAAUAAAUUCUGAGGAAUUCCAUUGCUUUAAUGUGGUACGGAAAAAGAAGAAUGGAUCCUCAUCAUUUUGGAACCAGCCUGACAUUCCUACUGGAUUCUCCCUCCUGGACAUCUUGGACCUGAGUUCUCCAGUCCCAGAUCUUUCCAGAAAACACCCAAUCAUCUACGAAGACAAAGUGUUUUGGAAAGGAAAGGGUAGUCUCACCAUCGAUGCAGGAGUUGAGGCAGACGGGGCAGCAUCAGGGGAAACUAACAAGUCAUAUGAAUCCACCCUCAAGUUACAGAUUAAUGAGAUCACAGCAAAAACCUUGACGGAACUUCAGUCAAGGCCACUUUUAAAACCAGAGUCACAGUUUCUGGAACAAUGUCGAAAAAGAAGAGAGGAUCUAUAUGUGGUGACAAAAACUUUGGAAUUGAUCAACUGUCCUCAGCUGUGUGCUGAAAGUGGUAGAAAGUGGUUGGGAAAACUCUCCAUUCCAGAGACCCCUUUUAUCAAGGGUCAAGGCCAGGUAACUGGUGACAAGAGGAGACAACAGUCAAUGAAAUUACUAAAGAAUAAGGUGUUGGCGUAUCAGACGAAGCAGUUGAUUUUUAAGAAGGAUGGCUGCGAGAUUCUUCAUAUCAAGGAUAAAAAGCAGAUGACUUUUCCACAUGUGGUAAUGCCUAACAUCAUUGGUUAUAUAGGUGAUAGAAGUAUGUACAAGAUGCAAAGUGAUAGAAGUAUGUACAAGAUGCAACGUCUUACCACUAUGUAUGAGUCGGAAUGUCUUACCACUAUGUAUGAGUCGGAAUGUCUUACCACUAUGUAUGAGCCGAAAUGUGAAUCAAUGGAGUUUCUGCAAACGAAGGAUAGAAGUGAGAUUCUGCCAAUACAACAAAUAGAGGAACCUUUGAGUCAAGAUUUUAAGCAACUACAAGUUGAGAUUUCCAGAAGAAUGGGAGAACUAUCCCAAUUUUCAAAGAAUAUUCAGGAUAUUUUAUUCCAUAAUAUUUUGGUCAUGCUUGGGGAUCGAGAGGCUCUUCAGGACCUGCAGGACAUGAUGGAACAGUUUCCCCAGGGUGAUUUGAAUGGCCCUGGUGGAAUCAUUCUAAAUGAACUGAGAAAGAACUCAGAAAAUUUAUUGGUUUAUGCACGAUCCUGCAUCCUUUAUCUCCUUGAAGCCUUGCUGGUGCUCAACGACACCCAACUGUAUCUGCUGGCAUGGUCCAUGAAGGAGAAAAUCCUGGUCCAUCAGCGGGAGCUGGUAAGGAGUAUCUUGGAGCCCAACUUCAAAUACCCUUGGAGAAUUCCUUUCACCCUUAAACCAGAGCUUCUUACCCCACUGCAGGAUGAGGGUGUGGCUGUCACCUACAAACUGCUGGAGGAGUGUGGCCUAAAGAUUGACCUAAAUAGCAAUAGGUCAGCCUGGGAUCUGGAAGCCAAGAUGCCACUGUCAGCCCUGUAUGGAUGCCUCUCACUGCUUCAGCAGCUGGCUGUGGCUUAA